GCCAUGUGAACGCAGCGCUGCGGCCGAUUUGAAGGGACAUUUCGAUUGGAACAAGUGUGUGAUCUCGUCAUGCGGGCCGCUUGACCGUCGGUGCCGCGACGGAACACCAGUGCGCGGGGGAAUAUUCGAGGAAGCGAAGCGUUUACCUCUUUAGCCAACGCUCAGAAAAUGGCAGGAUACCUUUAAUUUAUGUCGAAGACCCCCCGUGCGCGCCCGCCAGCGCGCAUGUUGGCAUUCUGCUGGAGAUGUUUGGCGAAACUUUGAGGAUGAUACACCUUGGAUGUUUCCUGUUGCUCUGUGGGCUCCCGCGUGUCACGGCAAGUUAUCCCAUCUGGUGGUCGCUAGCAGUGGGCCACCAGUAUUCAUCACUGGGUACCCAACCUAUUCUCUGUGGCAGCAUCCCAGGUCUGGUGCCCAAACAGCUGCGUUUCUGCCGGAACUACGUGGAAAUAAUGCCCAGUGUGGCUGAAGGGGUAAAGAUCGGCAUCCAGGAGUGUCAGCACCAGUUCAGAGGCCGACGCUGGAACUGCACCACAGUCAAUGACAAUCUGGCCAUCUUUGGGCCAGUGUUAGAUAAAGCUACUCGAGAGUCCGCAUUUGUACAUGCCAUCGCCUCAGCGGGAGUGGCAUUUGCAGUGACGCGGGCCUGCGCUGACGGUUCAGCCACAAUCUGCGGGUGUGACACGCGCCACAAGGGCCCCCCUGGUGAGGGAUGGAAGUGGGGUGGCUGUAGCGAGGAUGUGGAGUUUGGGAGCAUGGUAUCCCGAGAGUUUGCUGAUGCGAGGGAGAAUCGCCCCGAUGCCCGUUCAGCCAUGAACCGCCAAAACAACGAGGCAGGAAGAAUGUCCCUCAAUGACAACAUGUUCCUGAAAUGUAAGUGCCAUGGACUUUCGGGUAGCUGUGAGGUCAAGACGUGCUGGUGGUCGCAGCCUGACUUCCGAGUUAUUGGUGACUACAUGAAGGAUAAGUAUGACAGCGCAUCUGAGAUGGUAGUGGAGAAACAUAAGGAGUCCCGAGGAUGGGUGGAGACCCUGAGACCCAAGUACAACUACUUCAAACCCCCCACAGAGCGUGACCUGGUUUAUUAUGAAAGCUCACCCAAUUUCUGUGACCCUAAUCCUGAGACCGGCUCCUUUGGCACUCGUGACCGCAUCUGCAACCUGACGUCCCAUGGCAUAGACGGCUGCGACCUUCUGUGCUGCGGAAGAGGUCACAACACCCGGACUGAGAAGCGAAAGGAGAAGUGCCACUGUAUUUUUCACUGGUGCUGCUACGUCAGCUGUCAGGAGUGCGUGAGAGUGUAUGACGUGCACACCUGCAAAUAGGGAUGUCUGGUUCUCUUAUUUUCUUACCAAAAUGCAAAGUCUACAAUAGGCGGAAGAACAACUACACUAACUUUUCUACAAGACACGGGAGACUGUAAACUUGUCUGGCCUAUCCAUGGACUCCAGCAGCAGACAGAGCAGCCUUGUGUGUUGUGCUGUGAUGCUUAGAAGAGCCAACCUCUGUCUGAAAUCAACUGGAAUAGUUGAGUAGAUGCAGAUAUCACAAAGCAUCACCCAUAUGAACUGUGACAGUGGUGAUGAUGACAAAAAUGUUGAUAUAUAUAGCAAUAACGAAAAGGUUUUCGUGUACUGAUGUAGGAAAGGAGAACUGUCGGCUAAUUGACAACCACCAUAUUGGUGGAUUUUUUUUCUUCUGUGUUCCAAGUAGUUACUUUUGUUGAGAAUAGUACAGCACUGCCAAUGCUUUCAAGUCUAUGGGGCAAACAAUGAAAACGUCACAUGUUUAAUAAUCACUUGUUGUUGCCACAAAAGCUGACGUUUAUGAGCAAUUAAAUGAUCCGACACGCAACAGCAUGCAUUUUCUUCCUUAACACUAAUAGUUUGUACGUGUAUAUCUGAAAACUAACAUUAUCAUCUUGUGCGUGAGUAUUUGUUUGAAAGUCUUAAUAUGUUACUGAUGUCUGGGUAAGAAUGCACUUGCACCUGCGUGAAUGUAGUUAUGCUGUAAUGUGUUUACAUGCUCACAAACUCUUAAGCUAACAAGUUAAUAUCUGCUUUAAAUUACAAAUUUGUAUCCGAGGGUGGACACGAGCCACAUCCACUGAACAUUGGCAGAGCAAGAAUCGACACAGUCUGCACAUUUCAUGAAACACCUGAAAACACUGGAAGCUUUUUUCUUUUCUUCUUAAGAGUAACAAUGCUUUGAAUGACCAAAGACAAGAAAAUAAAUGUUAGUCUGCUGUGGUCAGAGAGCUGCAAACGGAUCUAAAAGGUCAGCACUUGUGUCCUGUUGAGAAAUAUGAAGCAUGUUCUCCUUGUUUUUAUCAGUAUUAGCAUUGUCCCGUGUGACUGGGUGUGGGGGAAAACUGUUAUUUAUAAAAAGGGAUGUUUCCACAUUUUGUUACAUUCAUACUAAUAUAAUAUUUGCUUAUUUUGGUAUUUCACCAGAUAGAAGUAAAAUCAGUGCUCCCAGAGGAAAACUACAACAAUCCAAUAAACCCUAAACUAAGCUGUGUCAUUAUAGCUCAGUUUUAUACAGAAUAAUUUGCGGUUGCUGUAAAGCGAUGACCAAAACCUGUGCAUGUGAUAAUUCUCAGCUGUGGCUUAUUGUUCCCCAAACUAAUCAAAAAGCAGCAUCACUGAAACUAUCAAUACUUCCCUUGUUUUAAUGCUGCUAAGUAAAUAUAAUUUGUGUAUAUGUGUAUGUUUAGGUUCUUACAUACAGUUUGUCUUUGUCUGUGUGCAUUAUUUGUAUAUUCUUGCAUGUAUUGAUUCUUUCUGUGAAAGAAAAACAUUAUAUAUAUAGUUUGGAAAAAAAUGUGAAUUUUUGACUAAUUUUUUUUUUUACAUACAGUAAUUCCCAUUUAAUAGACCAAAAUAGAGUUUAUGUUAUUUUAGUUGUCUAUGGAUUUUGUAGUAGUGCCAAACAUCAGGACAAAAAUGAUUCAUCUUUCUCUAGAUAAGACGAAAUACAACACAACACAGUAUUUAUUUAUUUGGAAAGUGGAAAAACGACUGAAAGCUGAGACAAAAAAGUAACAUAAUGUUUAUGAAAAAGUGCGUGCACCUUUUCACUGAUAGCCUCGACUGCGGGGAGAUGUGUAAAGUCAAUGAUGAAUUAAUGUUCAUCGCCAUUGUAUUGCUAUGUCUCAGGCAUGUCUAGUUUUCAGGCUCUAAAAUUGCCCACCCAUGAUUACUUUACAUCUUGACUGAAAAUAUUAAUGAACAGCCAUAACCUGUUUCACGUGUAAGUCAUUUUUAAUAAACUACACAGCAACCAUUAUCAGUACAAGAUCUGAUAUCUUGCAUUCAUUACUGUACCCUUUUAUUGUGAUUGAUUGCCUGUGUGGACAAUUUGCUGAUGUUCUUAAGUUUUUUAAAUCCAAAGUUUUGUAUAAACUAGUUUUGUGUGUGUACGCGCGUGCGUGUGUGUGUGCGUGUGUGUGUUCUCAUGGGUUUCCUAAAUUCAAUGUUUUUUAUAAUUAUUUAUUUCAUGCUAUGUACAUAUUAGUAAGUAAGAAUAUAUAUUUGCAGAAAAUCUUUUUUUUAAAAACAGUGUUCUGUCUUGUAACACUGUAGACUCUUUACCUCAUAUCUGUUUUUUCACUGACUCCACACAGGUAUCGUUUGUCCUACUGCCUGUAUUAGAUUUCUAAAGUUAACU